AUAGUGAGCAGUAUGAGAUUCAGUAGAGAAGAUUUAAGAUCACGGUGGAUCGGGGCACGUCAGUGCGUUAGUUAAAAGAGAGAGAGAGAGAGAAGGAGAGAGAGAGAGAGGGACGCGGUGGAGGGUAUCUGGAGACCCUUCACAGUGAUGCGCGCAUCUAUUAUAGUGCAUUAUCAUUUAUCCAUGAUGGGAAUUUAUUAACGCUCGUUCUCGUUCCACGUGCGCACUCCUAAAUACGAGUCGUUAUCGCGUCUUCGCAUCCAGCUUCUGGGAAUAAACUUUCACAUUCCGGUUUUUAUUUAAUCAGAGCAAACGGAGGUCUGGUGUAUUACAGGUUUCAGUUGCAGAAAUGAGGGAAAGGCUCUUCGCGUUUCACCUUCUUGUCUUAGUCUCCUUAACGGUAUUUUGGCACACAAGGUUAGUGUAUGCAGAUAGCACAACAGAUGCCUUCAAAAACAACAUCACCCUGUUCACACGAAUCCUAGACCGUCUGCUAGAUGGCUACGAUAACCGACUGAGACCGGGACUGGGAGAUCGAGUCACCACGGUAAAGACAGACAUCUAUGUCACCAGUUUUGGCCCUGUUUCAGACACAGAUAUGGAGUACACCAUCGACGUCUUCUUCAGGCAGAGCUGGAAGGACGAGAGGCUGAAGUUUGAGGGACCUAUGAACAUCCUGCGUUUGAACAACCUGAUGGCCAGCAAGAUCUGGACUCCAGACACGUUUUUCCAUAAUGGCAAGAAGUCUGUGGCACACAACAUGACCAUGCCCAACAAACUGCUGCGGAUCCAAGAUGACGGCACUCUGCUUUACACCAUGAGGUUGACUGUACACGCCGAGUGUCCGAUGCAUCUUGAAGAUUUUCCCAUGGACUUCCACUCCUGUCCGCUGAAGUUCGGCAGCUACGCUUACACAACAACGGAAGUGACUUACACGUGGACGAAGAACGCAUCCAACUCUGUGGUAGUAGAGGAGGAGAGCUCCCGACUCAACCAGUAUGACCUGCUGGGACAAACUGUGGGCAACGAAACCAUCAGAUCCAGCACUGGUGAAUACACAGUGAUGACCGCACACUUCCACCUGAAGAGAAAGAUUGGGUAUUUUGUGAUUCAGACGUAUCUGCCGUGCAUUAUGACCGUAAUCCUGUCCCAGGUGUCCUUCUGGUUGAACCGCGAGUCUGUUCCAGCCCGGACCGUGUUUGGUGUGACCACCGUACUGACCAUGACCACAUUGAGCAUCAGCGCCCGUAACUCCCUACCUAAAGUCGCCUACGCCACGGCCAUGGACUGGUUCAUCGCCGUAUGUUAUGCUUUUGUCUUUUCUGCCCUGAUCGAGUUCGCCACCGUCAACUACUUCACCAAGCGCGGCUGGGCGUGGGACGGCAAGAGUGUGGUCAAUGAUAAGAAAAAAGAAAAAGCAUCAGUCAUCAAGAAAAAUAACGCUUACGCCGUCGCUGUGGCAAACUACGCCCCCAACAUCACCAAGGAUACCGUACUCCCUACUAUCGCCAAAGGGAGCACACCCGAACAAGGAAAGGCCAAAUCCGACCCGAAACCGGCCGAGGCGAAGAAAACCUUCAACAGCGUGAGUAAAAUCGACCGCAUGUCGCGCAUCAUGUUUCCCGUCCUCUUCGGAACAUUUAACCUGGUUUACUGGGCGACGUACUUAAACAGAGAACCUGUGAUCAAAGACAUGGUGCCAUCUAAUUAGAAGAUGUCCAGACUGUGAAGGGUUCAACUGAGCAGGACUAAAGACUCAGCCAAAAUCACCCAGGGACUUUACAUGUAUCUCGCUCUGAUUCUCUCUCUCUCUCUCUCUCUGUGUCUCUCUCUCUCCAUCUGCUCCAGACAGACGUGCUGUGGUUUUUGCAAGAUGCCUUUCGAUAUAUCACUUUCUCUCUCUCUCUUGUCUAUCGUCUGUCUUUUCUACAGCUUUUUCAGCAGUGCUUUGCAAACGACAUUUGCAUUUGUACAUAUGUACCUAGUGAAAAUGCCGUUGCGUAACUUUACGAUGUUUGGAUCUGUGUUUUCCGCUUUGUGAAAAUUUGUACGUUUUGAGUUCUAACUUUGGACCUCUCUCUGUGAUAUAGAUUAGCAAAUUAUAGUCAUUUAUUUAUUCGAUGUAAAUGUUUCUAUUUUUCGUGAUGGUGCUUGUUUUCCAGUAAGCUGUUAUUUUUAUGAGACCGAACUCUUUUGUGGUUCGGUCGGAUAUUUUGUGCUGGGCCCAUACACAAAAAAGACAUGAGAACAAAUGUUUACACACAUCCGUGCUUAUUGUUGCUUUUCGAUGUUAUUUUUAAGUUAUCUACAGUCGAGAAACAAAAAAGUCAAUGUAUAUUGUAUUAUAAAGGACCUAUGGUUUAUAAACACAAAGAGAAGCUUGUGUAAGACUGCACUUAAACUGGUUGUAUGCUACGAUCUCACAGGCCUCUGUUGUACCCAUCAUUUUAUGUAGAAUUAAUUUCUGUGCCACAGAAUGUUGUUAAUAUAGCUUUGGUAUUACUAUACACAUAAUGUUUCUUUAACAUCAUUCUGGAUGAUGAUGAAAUGUUGAUUUCCUGAAUUCCCUUUAUAAAGAUCUGUAAUGCCAUAUGUUUGGGGGGUGAAGUAAGUCCAUGCAAACCUGAACAUUUUUGUAAUUUCAUUGGGCACUGUAGUUCUAGUUUGUAGUCUGACCUUUAUUUUGCAACUACAGUACAUUAUUAUCUAGGCACAUAUCGUCUUUCUCCAUCAGAGUCCACUCAAAAAGUGUCUGUGUUUGGAUAAAUGCCAACACAUAAAUCACUCAAAUACUAGACCUGAAGAUAUUUAAUCAUUCUCCUGAAAUGUGAAAUGGAAAUUGGCUCAAAAAACGCAAAAAAUGUCAACAUUCAGGUCACAUAGUGUUUCCAGGCUUGUGUGUGUCAGUGAGAAAGUUCAAUCUGGAUAAUGGAAAUGCUGAUUUUAUAACCUCAACAUCUAAUUUAUAACUUUAUAACUUCAUCCGUUAAAGGUGCAGUGUGUAGAUUUUAGUGGCAUCUAGUGGUGAGGUUGAGAAUUGCACCCUCUCUUUUGAAGCACAUAGAGAUGCUACGGUAGCCGUCACAGGACAAACAUGUCAUUGUCUGAGACAACGUAGUGGCAAACACGAUCUGUAGAGCUUUUUGUCCGUUUAGGGCUACUGUAGACACAUGAAAGCGACUUCCAUAUAAGGAGAUCUGUGGUGUAUGUAGAUAAAAACAGAUUAUUCUAAGGUAAUGAAAACAAUACAGUUCAUUAUGUAAAGUCUUUAUACACCACUGAAAAUAUGGUUAUGUAUAUUAUAUUGCAUUGUUGUCAAAAGAUCCUUCUAAAAUUUACACACUGCACCUUUAAAUUUUCUACAUCAUUAGUUAAAAAUAUAAUGAAUCCAGUAUAAAUAUAGCAGCCCGUGUUGAAGGUGAAGUGUGUUCAUUUUCUAUCAUUAAAAUUCUUUGCAGGUAGACUUUUUGAAGAGUUUAAACACUGUGGCUUUGUAAUACCUUCUGGUUUAACCAAUGGGUUGAGUUUAGGAUAGGAUUUUCCUGCUGAUGGAGUAUUGAUUGGUCAAAUUUUUGCCAUUGUUCUAGUGUCACUUGUGAUGUAUAAAAUACACACUUUACCUUUCAAAACUGUAUAUGAGGAAUUAAAGGCAGGAUAGGCAGGAAUUAUCUAAAAAAAAACAUUUUUACAAAUUUGUUUAAACUGUCUCUAUAUACAAAUACAUAAUUAAAAUGUAAGUACUCUGAAAAAGAGAGUAUAAAACUCGAGUGUCUGUAGACCUCUCACGACUGUUUUAAACACAGCUCAUUAUUUCCAUUCGGGACGAAACAAAUGAUUGGCUUGCGCGACUAUCACUCUCUCGCGCGACCAUGGCACCACCCCUGUUGCUACUGGAUCUGCCCACGCAUACGCACACCCGAUUGAUUUGAUGUUCACGAGGCACUCUAGGAAGAGCAAAAGUACGGCAGAGAAAGUGCAUUCAGAACUCACAGUACCUGCAUAUGCAGCCAGCAAAGGCAAACGAGGCAAAAAAAUGAAUAAACGAAGAAAUCAAAUGAAAGUAAAUAUCGCGUGCUUUUCCUCGAGUGGACAAUGCGGUAGCGGUAUUAUCUCCGGAGUGUAGUCCUCAUCAGAGUCAACAAUGCUUUCAUCACGGAAACUCUUACAUGCAAAACAUCUUAUAUGUUGAAUCUUCCACGAAAUUCACCUUCAUCACAGUGUAACUGAUGGUAAUGAAAAAACUUGUAUCAAUGCAAUCUGUUUUUAGCUUUGUCUUAUAAAUAUAACUAGCUCGUUUGUUACCGAAUCAAACAAAAAUAUAUUUUAAACUUUACCAGUAUCGAUAUGCUAGCUUAAGAGUGAGUACUUAAAGCUAUCCUAUUUGUUUAUAUUUAUAGUGAUAAAGUUAGGUGUAUUAUUACAUGUGAUUGUGACAUGAUGUUACUACAUGCACCGCGCUCCUUCCUCUCCGCUCGUCUGAGGUAAAUCCUUCUCCCAGCAGAGCGGUCGACGUCACGCGUUCAUGUGUUUUGGGGGCGUGGCUUUAGAAGAAACCCAGAAGGGAGGGGUUGGAGUGAAUGGAAAAAUGAGCUGUUUAAAACAGUCUACAGACACUCGAUUUUUAUACUCUCUUUUUCAGAGUACUUACAUUUUACUUAUGUAUUGGUAUAUAAAGACAGUUUAAACAAAUUUGUAAAAAAGUUUUUUAGAUAAUUCCUGCCUAUCCUGCCUUUAAGUGAACAAAGCAUUGAAAUCUAAACAUGAUAUGUUCAUGAUGUCACAUUUCCACCUGUUGCCACUGUGCAUUCUUCUUAUACGUGUACUGAAAAUGAGGUUUGGACCAAAAGACCAACAAGUGCUUCAAACACAGCAUGUUUACUUCUGUUGUUUACCCUCCAAAAUGAAGCGAACUAUUUUUGCUCUUAUUGUGAUAUAAAAAAAACUUCACGCAGAAAUGAAAAUAUGACUCUGAAUUGUGACAGAGUUGAAAACAUUUGUAUAUAAUGUAAGGAAUAUUUGUCCAUAUAGAUGUUGUUGCUGUACAUUUGUGUGUGAUUUAUCACAAGCCUGUUUUGUUGGUUUGUACAGUUUUAUACUGAAAAGCAUUGCAGAGGAAUUUAGUUGACAUUUUCAGGCAACCCUUUGUUUUCAGAGGAAAGUUGUAUGAUAUUUAUUUCAGCAUGCUGUGACCCGUUGGCUCUCGAGAAAACGGUACAAAUGUUUUGAAAAAGUAUGUGCCACUAAAAUGAUUUAAUUUGUUCUUCAUACAGAUGUUAUACUUUUAUAAUGUUCAUGUAAAGUUAUUGAAUAUUGUUUUAUUUAUUUAUUUAUUUAUUUAUUUAUUGAAAUAUAUAUUAUUUAUUUAUCUUUGUUUCUCGGUAGAAACUGUCAACAUAGUACUGUAAAUCUAUUUUCUGUUUGAUAUAAUAUCAUUCUGCUUUAAUUUAAUUGUUACUUUGAUUGUAUUGGAUGAUGGCUGCAUCUUUGUUAUGCAUAAUCUGUUUGAGCAAUAAAAAAGAGGUGAUAUUUAAUUGUCCUGCAUGGAAAGAGCUUUCCACACACAGAAUGUAGAGCUCCGACACACGUUACUGCUAAAAGACAAUGUGAAAUACAUUCCUUUAUGAAUGUUGAUGUUUUCAGUUAUGAAAAGAAUGUGUGAAUAUUACAGGGUUUAUAUUUUUUCUUUGUAAGUGUUUCUUUUAUUGAAUAUAGCAUUAUUAUAAUAUUGAAUAUAUGAGUAAGAGUUAAUGAAUCUUUGCAAACUGUCACCAAGACCAGCUAUGUUCUCACUAAUGUCUGUUAUUCUCCUAUAUAAUGAUGUGAAUAUUAUUUUUGUUUCCUGAUGUAAAUGUGAAUUUGGCCACAUGAGCAGAACUGAACUGCUUAAGUCCUUCAGCUGCUGGGACUCAUUUUCUAAAUAUUGGUACUCUCUCUUUCAAACAUCAUUCAACUUUCAACAGCGAAUUGCUAAAUAAAUGACUAGAACAAAUCUA